CAGUAAAAACAAAAUGUGACGUGGCUAAUCCUUGUGGACAAAAAGAACGAGAAACCCUGAAGCAAUAACUGUUUACGGGAAAACUAAAAGGCGUUAAAGGUGCAGAAAGACAGGUGCAAACUGAAAUAUAAGAGGCAGACCUAUCGUGCUGUUGAUUUGGGGAAGGAAACGGUGAGCAGGCUGGGGUUAACUGCUAGCAUCAAAACACUGACAGCAACAAGGCAUGUACUAAGACAUUGAGAUGUCAGACAGCGAAGCUCCAGCCGCUCCAGAGAUGCCUACAGAGGAUGGCUCUCCUGCAGAAACCCCUGACAUAUCCUCACCGACCACUCCUGACAACUCCACUGACGUUGCCCCGACGAGGAAAGCCAGGAGGAGACCAGAAAUCCAACCAGUAGCUGAAGUCGAGGAGAAGCCGAAAGUAGAGGAGCAGCCCGCAGAGGCACCGACACCCAGUCAGUCCACGGUGUCUCAGGGUGGCUGGGGAUACUGGGGCAGCUGGGGGAAAACCAUCUUAUCUACAGCAACAGCUACUGUGGCCACUGUGGGCCAAGGCCUCACUCAGGUGAUAGAGAAGGCUGAGACAUCGCUGGGAAUCCCCAGUCCCACCGAACUCUCAGCGCGAGUAGAGGAAGAGCAGAAGGAGCAAGCUGAAUCCAUCAGUGAGACGGACAGAGUGCCGGGCGAUGGCUCUGCGGCGGUGGAAAGUGCGUUUGGGAUGCUGUCUUCGCUCACUAGCGUCGUCCAGAGCACAGGGAAAACGAUGAUAACUGGCGGUCUGGAUGCUCUGGAGUUCAUCGGGAAGAAGACGAUGGAUGUGAUAGCAGAAGGCGAUCCUGGCUUCAAGAAGACCAAAGGGCUGAUGAAUAGGAACUCCACUCUGUCUCAGGUGUUGAGGGAGGCGAAGGAGCGUGAGGAGCAGCAGACGGCAGAAACAGAGUCUUCAGAUUCCGAGAAGAAGAUGGUCGCUCACUACGGGAUGCUGUUUGACGAAUUUCAGGGUCUGUCACACCUCGAGGCACUGGAGAUUCUGUCUCGAGAGAGCGAGUCUAAGGUGAAGUCAGUGCUGACCACUCUCUCAGGAGAUAAGCGGGUUCAGCUCAGAGAGGAUCUGGAGCUCAUCAAGGAGUCUUUCUCCCUGGUAGAGUUUGAUGAUGAGGAGGUGGACGAGAAGAAAGAUGAAGACGGCUCAGAGUUUGAGAGGGAGUUAACAGAGUCCUUGGAGGGUCUCAGUGUCACUGCCACAGCAGAGAAACUCAGCAAGGCCUGUAGGAGCACCUGCAGCCAGAUCACCAACAUGACCAAACCAGAGCAGGAAGAAGAGGGGAGCGAGGAGGGUGUGAAGAAAACACUUUCUGUGGAGGAGGUCCACGCUGCAGCCAUCAGGAGUCUGGCAGAGUUGACGGCUCGCUCCAUCGAGCUGUUCCACAAACUGGCUGAGAUGAUCCUGUUCUCCAACAGCAGCACAGAGGCCAGCGCCCUGUCACAGUUAACUGUUGUCUUGUGUAAAGAAAUCUCACUGCUUUCCAAGAAGUUCACCUCCUGCUUAACAACGGCUGGGUCGAACGAAAAGGGAGAUGUCCUCAACCCGCUGAUAACAGGAGUCUUUUUAGAGGCAUCCAACAGUGCGUCUUACAUCCAGGAUGCUUUCCAGCUGCUGAGGCCCAUAGUGGAGAUCUCCCACAUCCAGAGGAGCGCUGAGUCCACAGAUGCAGUGAGACGCUGACGUCCUGUCUCUCCCCGCCCCC